AUGGGCGGAUCCACGGGAACAGGGGCAUUCGACAAUGUGGGCGAUGCGGCCGGCAUCGCCGCGUCGCCCGCUGUGGUGCACUUUGGCGGCUUCCAGCCGGGCGCAGUCCACCGCCAGACCGUGCGGCUGGUCAACACGUCGCCCGACGCGGCCCUGCGGGCGCACGUGAUGCCGCCCGAGUCCCCAUACUUCAAGGUGACGCACCGCCGUUGCCCCGGGGCGACGCUGCCGGGGCUGUCUGACAGCCUGGUGGUCGAGUUCUGCCCGGACCAGCUGCGGUACUAUUAUGACGCCAUACGCGUCCACUCCAGCGGCGGCAACCUGCUCAUCCCGCUGCACGGCUACCCGGCGGCCAACGCGCCCUCGAUCCCCCGCCGCGUCGACUUUGGCCGCGUCCCCAUCGGCGAGCGCGCGGCGCGGCGGCUGCCGCUGCGAUGCAGGAUCCCGAUGGACUUUGAGUUCACUGUGCGGGUGACUAAGCGGAGCGACGCGUUCAGCGUGGCGCCUGCGGCGGGCGUCGUGCCGGCGGGCGGGGCGGCGGAGGUGGAGGUGGUGUUCCAUCCGGUGCGCCAUCAAACAGAGGAGAUGCUGUUCGAGGUGACAGUGGCCGAGUUUGGCGCGCAGCCCAUGGUGUGCACCGUCGUCGGCAGCGCAUUCCCUGGCCUGGCGCGAGACCGGGAGCUGGGGCUGCUGGAAUCUUCCGGUGGUGUGGCAGCGCGCACUGCCACUGCAGCAGGGGAAGGAGCCGAGGAGGCGAGAGCCGUGGCGAGUGGCGGCGCACAAGACAGCAGCGGCGGCGAGGAGGGCGACUGCUUCCCCAGCGGGGCGGCAGAGGGCGAUGCCAAGCUCGCAGGCAGCAGCGUCAGUAAGGGUUCAGGGCAUAAGUCUGGCAGUGGCAGCGGUGGCGGCGGCGGUGGGGCCAGGGGGGAUGCCUUCUCCCGCCGCCACAGCCCACCCCGCGGCCGCCGGCGCGAGGGCUCCGAGCCGGGCUCACUCCUGCGGCUCGCCCGGGGAGGCGCCCUGCUGGCGUCGCUCGGCGGCGCGGGUGAUGCCGACGCGGCGGAGCUACGGCAGGGGGACGUGUUUGUGCCGCAGCACCUGCGUGGUCACGGUGACGUCAGCUAUGUGCUCAACCAGGCGCCCGGGAAGCUGCGCACCAAAGACGUCAAGGCCGCCAUCUCCAUGCGCCGCGCUGAGCUGGCUGAGGAGCAGAGGGCGCUGGCGGCGCUUGCGGCCGCGGGCGGUGCGGCGGGCGUGGACGCGCUGGACCGGCCAGGGCUCGCACCAGCGCUCAAAGAGGCGCUGUUCCAGCUGCAGCUGCGCAGAGCAGAGGAGGCCUCCAAGCGCUGCACAGGCCUGGUGGGGGCCGGCGGCGACGUCGUAGGCGGCGACGUCGUAGGCGGCGACGCCCCCAGCCCCCGCGCGAUCGCCGCCGCGCGCGAGGCGCGGGCGGCUGCGGCGGCGGCGCACCAACGGGAAGUGGAGGAGGCGGCCACGCACAGGCUGGAGUGUGAGAUGUCUGAGACAGGGGCGUUGCACGUGCUGCCGCAUCAUCUUUCCAGCAGCAGGGAGGGCGGCAGCACACGGGAUGGCGAGGAGCAGCAGCAGCAGCACGACCAGGAGAGCCCCAGGCCGGGCUCCGAGGCCGGUGCAGGGCCACCGCACUCGGCAGCGGGCGGCGGUUACGCCGGCCUGGAGGGAUUUGCGCCACAGUGGGUGCAGCUGGAGUCAAACCACUGGCGGAAACGAGUUCAGGUGAUGCAGCGUUUCAUCAGCGCCGCGCGAGUGGUGAUAUACCGGCUGAGGGCGCAGAAGCGGCUGCAGCAGAUCAAGGCCAUCUCGUCCCGCCUGGCAGGCGACGGCGACGGCAUCGCAGGCGCGGCCGCCCAGGCCCUGUUGCUGCAGUCCUCCAAGGUCGACCGCCCCGGCGUCGACCCCGCACUCCUCGCCAAGCCGGCUCUCAUCGCCGCUGACGCGCUGCCACCCUUUGGGGAGGACCGUUUUGAGAGCGUUGCCGACGCCCUGGCUGCUGCCGGCGCCGGGGCGGGUGGGCCGGCCGGCUGCGGGGUUGUUGAGGGGCUGCUGGGCGUGGGGCCUGACCCGGGGUAUGCCGACUGGGACCAGCUGGAGCCGGAGCCGUACGCGGCUGAGUACGAGUACCGGCUGCUGGGGUACAGCCCCGAGGACAUGCCAGGCCUCGUGCCUUACAUGCCGCCCCUGGCCGACCAGCCGCUGCUUUCAGGCGCCUCAGAGGACAGCAUAGCGCCGCGCCCGGUGGGGGCGCCGCCGGACGCCGCGCUGGCCGCGGCGCUUGGGCAAGGCGCGCCAGACGCGCUGCGGCAGAUGCCGCUGGCCUGCUACGAGAUUGGCGCCAGGUAUGCGGGCGGCGACGCGUAUGCGCAGCCGCAGCCCGUUUGGGGCAUCGACAUGGACCAUCUGGUGCAGCCCGCGCUGCUGCCGCGCCAUGAAUCUUGGCGCUCCGAGGCGGCCGGGUCGUGCAGCGUCCGGGCGCUGGCAGGCGCGGCGGUGCUCGCGCAGCGGUGGCAGCCUGCAAAUUUGCCAUGGGAGGCGGACCCGUCGCCGUUCCCCGCUCCCCUGGGCCGCGCCGACCCCUCAGAGCUGUUGGUUGACCGAGCAGAGGACGCGGACAAGCCGCGCCCCGUGCCGGCGCUGCCGACCGACAGGGCGCUAGCCGCGUUCCUGCCGGCCGCGGCGCAGGAGCCGCUGGAGCAGGCGGCUGUCCUGCAAUU